AUGAGGAUCACUGCUGUCAAUUAUUUUAGAGAGUCACCAAUAACUCUGCUGACGAGACCGUGGAAGAAGUUUAGAGAUGGAACUCUGUUUUAUGGUGCUUCAAAAUCUGGUACCAAACGCACAGCUCUGACAACGAAGCAAGGAAAUAAGACAAUGUAUAAGGGUACUCGAUCGUCAGGUAUCGGUAGACAUACCAGAUAUGGUGGUUAUACGAUUCAAUGGCGUAAAGUGCGUACAUUUGUCACUCCUAAGAACUAUAAUAUCGACUUGAAGCCUUUGGUGAGCCAUAAUGUGCCUGAGCUUAAGCAUCAAUUCAAAGGUUUCAGUAAGGGUAGUCUCGAUUCGAAGCUUUAUUUCACUAAGUUGAGAGAGUAUAUUCAAAAUGGAAGGCUGCAGAGCGAUGCAUCUGAUCCAAAGUGCUAUACUGAGAGAGGUUGA